CGGCUCUUCCAUCCAUCAGCACCUUUUUCUGUCAUUUAGCGAUAACGAUUAAACACAAUGUGAUACCAAUCGAAAUCCCUUUUGCGAAAACAUUUGAGUCGUUUUACAUUUCAUUUCUCACGACCGACAUCGUUCGAUUUACUCAAAACUUUCCUGGAGGCGUGACUAGCAUCCGAGCAGAUGACGUGACGCGUGGAUCACCUGCUGCGAUCAUUUCAGACAAUUGGUGGAGAUGAAUCGGCCAAAGCCAGCGGCCCUGCGCCGCCCCAGUGCUGCGAAAACAUCGGGUCAUCCCCCACCUGGAGACUUCAUUGCUUUGGGCUCAAAGAACCAGGGCGGCGAAUCUAAAGCCCCUGCCGUCCUCCUGAAGCCAGCCGCCGCCGUUCUACCAGCUGACCGCAAGCGAGAGACUUCCUCCACCCUCCCGUCCUCAUCAGGUCUGUCCAGCCUCACCAAGCGGCCGAAGCUUUCCACCACGCCUCCGGUCAGUGCCCUGGGACGCCUCGCCGAUGUUGCGGCUGCGGACAAGAGGGCGAUAUCGCCCUCCAUUAAGGAACCAUCGGUUAUUCCGAUCGAAGUUUCACCGGCACUGCUGCUGGACGACAUCGAGGCGGCAGAGUCGGAGGGCAACGACGAGCGCAUCGAGGGCCUGCUGUGCGGCGCGGUGAAGCAGCUCAAGAUGAACCGAGCCAAGCCGGACAUCACGCUGUACCUCAGCCUCAUGUUCCUAGCCAAGAUCAAACCCAACGUGUUUGCUACGGAAGGAAUCAUAGAGGCUUUGUGCUGCCUCCUGCGUCGAGACGCCUCCAUCAACUUUAAAGCAAAGGGAAACAGCCUGGUGUCUGUGCUGGCCUGCAAUCUGCUGAUGGCCGCCUACGAAGAGGACGAGAACUGGCCUGAGAUUUUUGUCAAAGUGUACAUCGAAGACUCCCUCGGGGAAAGAAUCUGGGUGGACAGCUCUCACUGCAAGAACUUUGUGGACAACAUUCAGACGGCUUUCGGCACCAAGGUGCCCCCCAAAAGCAUGCUGCUGCAGGCCGACACGGGCCGAGCCGCGGGAGAUCUCAGUGCAGGUAACAGCCCUCAUCCGUCAACCCCUGAUGAGGACGACAGCCGGGCAGAAUUGCUUAUAGCAGAGGAGAAACUCAGUCCCGAGGAUGAAGGGCAGAUUAUGCCGAGGUACGAGGAACUAGCGGAGAGCGUGGAGGACUAUGUGCUGGACGUCCUGCGGGAUCAGCUGAACCGCCGGCAGCCCAUGGACAACGUGUCACGUAAUCUGCUGCGUCUGCUGACCGCCACGUGCGGAUACAAAGAGGCUCGGCUCAUGGCCGUGCAGAGGCUGGAGAUGUGGCUUCAGAACCCCAAGUUGACAAGGCCGGCUCAGGACCUCCUCAUGUCGCUGUGUAUGAACUGCAACACCCACGGGGCAGACGACAUGGAGGUGAUCUCCAACCUGAUCAAAAUCCGCCUCAAGCCAAAAGUGCUCCUCAACCACUACAUGCUCUGCGUCAGGGAGCUUCUGAAUGCGCACAGAGACAACUUAGCCACGAUGGUGAAGUUGGUCAUCUUCAACGAGUUGUCUAAUGCCAGGAACCCCAACAACAUGCAGGUUCUUCACACCUUGCUGCAGCACAGCCCGGAACAGGCGCCGAAGUUCUUGGCGAUGGUCUUCCAGGACCUACUCACCAACAAGGACGACUACCUCCGUGCCUCGCGAGCCCUGCUGAGGGAGAUCAUCAAGCAAACCAAACAUGAAAUCAAUUUCCAGUCCUUCUGCUUCGGUUUGAUGCAGGAAAGGAAGGAAGCCACUUACGUGGACAUGGAGUUCAAAGAGCGAUUUGUCAUCCAAGUGACAGAUUUGCUUACUGUCUCCAUGAUGUUGGGCAUCACAGCUCAGGUCAAAGAAGCCGGCAUCGCCUGGGACAAAGGGGAGAAGAAAAACCUGGAGGUCCUGAGAUCUUUCCAGAAUCAGAUCGCCUCCAUCCAGAGGGACGCCGUAUGGUGGCUUCACACGGUGGUUCCCACCAUCAGCAAAGUGGGUGCCAAGGAUUACGUGCACUGCCUUCACAAAGUGCUUUUCACGGAGCAGCCCGAGACUUACUACAAGUGGGACAACUGGCCGCCAGAGAGUGACAGGAACUUCUUCCUACGGCUCUGCUCCGAAGUGCCCCUGCUGGAGGACACGCUGAUGCGCAUCCUGGUGAUCGGGCUGUCUCGCGAUCUGCCGCUUGGCCCGGCGGACGCCAUGGAGCUCGCCGACCACCUGGUCAAGAGGGCUGCUGGCGCUCAGUCCGACGAUCUAGAGGUCCUGGUUGUGGAGCGGAUCCAGCUCAUAGACGCCGUCCUCAAUCUGUGCACAUACCAUCACCCUGAAAACAUCCAGCUGCCUGCAGGGUAUCAGCCUCCAAAUUUGGCAAUCUCUACCCUUUAUUGGAAAGCCUGGCUUCUGCUGCUGGUGGUAGCUGCAUUCAAUCCACAGAAAAUAGGUUUGACUGCCUGGGAUGGUUACCCUACCCUGAAAAUGCUCAUGGAGAUGGUUAUGACCAACAACUACACGUACCCGCCGUGCACCGUUGCGGAUGACGACACGAAGACGGAGAUGAUCGGGCGCGAGCUGCAGAUCUCACAGCGGGAGAAGCAGGAGAUCCUGGCCUUCGAGAGCCACUUAGCCGCCGCGUCCACCAAGCAGACUAUCACGGAGAGCAACAGCUUGCUGCUUUCCCAGCUCACCAGUCUGGACCCCCAGGGUCCGCCUCGUCGACCUCCGCCUCAGGUUCAGGAACAAGUGAAGGCCCUUAACCAGUCCUUCCGUCUCGGCCAUCUUCUAUGCCGUAGCCGCAACCCGGAUUUCCUGCUCAACAUCAUACAGAGACAGGCUUCCUCCCAGUCCAUGCCAUGGUUGGCAGAUCUGGUCCAGUCCAGCGAGGGGUCCUUAGAUGUGCUACCAGUGCAGUGCCUGUGCGAAUUCCUUCUGCACGACGCUGCGGACGACAGCCUGCAAAUAGAUGACGACGACGAGGGAGGGAGUAAAGAGCAGAAAGCCAAGAGAAGACAGAGACAGCAAAAACAAAGACAGCUCCUCGGACGGCUCCAGGACCUUUUGUUGGGUCCCAAGGCCGAUGAGCAGACGACAUGCGAAGUUCUGGAUUAUUUCCUGCGCCGCCUCAGCUCCUCCCAGGUGGCUUCGAGAGUCCUGGCAAUGAAGGGUUUGUCACUGGUACUGACUGAAGGAGGCCUGAAGGACGGAGAGGAACGGGACCAGCCCAUGGAGGAGGACUCUGCCGAUGCCGAGCUCCUGCCUGUGUACCAGUGGCUGCUGCAGGACCUCCCCAAGCUCCCCAUGUUUGACAGCGUCCGCGGCAUGACAUCCACCGCCCUGCAGCAGGCCAUACACAUGGAGACUGACCCUCAGACCAUCAGCGCUUAUCUUAUCUACCUGUCACAGUAUGCACCAGUGGAGGAACAGGCUUCUCACAAUGACCUGGCGUUGGAUGUGGCCCGGCUCAUUGUGGAACGCUCCACCAUCAUGAACAACCUCUUCUCCAAGCACUCCUGCAGACCGGAGUCGGAGGCUGUCCUCAGCGCCUUCCUCUCCAUCUUCUCCACUUACAUCAGGAGGAUGAGGAAGACCAAAGAUGGGGAGGAUCUGUACAGCUGGUCAGAGUCUCAAGAUCAGGUGUUUCUGCGCUGGACCACAGGGGAGACCGCCACUAUGCACAUCCUUGUUGUCCACGCGAUGGUCAUCCUUCUGACUCUGGGCCCUCCUAAAGGAGAAAGUGACUUCUACAAUCUUUUGGACAUUUGGUUCCCUGACAAGAAACCAUUGCCAACUGCGUUUCUAGUAGACACGUCAGAGGAGGCCCUGCUGUUACCUGAUUGGUUGAAACUGAGGAUGAUUCGGUCUGAGGUGCCUCGAUUGGUGGAUGCAGCUUUGCAAGACCUGGAACCUGAGCAAUUGCUACUGUUUGUGCAGUCCUUUGGAAUUCCCGUCUCGAGCAUGAGUAAACUGCUCCAGUACUUGGACCAGGCCGUCACCGUCGAACAACGGGCACUGGAGCAGAAUAUCAUGGACAAGGACUACAUGGCUCACCUGGUGGAGGUGCAGCAUGAGCGAGGUGCCACCGGGGGGCACGCUUUUCACAGAUUGCUGAUGUCAUUCCUUCCACCGCAGAGAGAUGCUCCUGAAACGAGCAGAACCAAAGUUGCAGUGGAGGCUCCUCACGGCUCUGUUAAGAUGAGAGGAGCCACGCAGCUUCCGACAGUCGGACCAGAUGAUGACCUGACGGGCUUGAUGCUUAGGAUAUUCCCAUUGAAGGCAGAGGCCCGGUGGCCCAGCCCACCCCCCGGCCGGCUCUCCCUUACCUUGCAGCAGGCUCUGGCCAAAGAACUGAUGCAGGCCAAGCAAGGUCAAGUUCAUCAGGCCGGGCUGGCUCUGCGUCUCAUCCAGGCCAUCGCCGCCCUGCUCAGCUCGACCCAUGCCGGCCCCAUCGUUCUGUCCAUGCAUCAUAAUCACGCCCUCGCUUGCCCACUCAUGCGCCAGCUUCACCUCUACCAGCGCCUCGUGCCGCAUGACGUCGGCUUCUCUUCCCUGUUCCUCAAAGUCAACGUUGAGAUGCUCAUCUGGCUUGACAAUCCCUCUGUGGAGGCGGGCCCACUAAAGACUCUCCUCAAGUCUUUUAUUGGCCAAAACUCUCACACACACAGGCACAAUGAUGUACGCUCGGGCUUCCUCCACCUGGCUGAGGCACUGGCGUAUUGCGGCGACACUGAGGUGCCACUGAGAGCCAUCAUAGCGAUGCUGAAGGACGGCGAGAGAUGUAACGCGGAGGCGGAGCUUAUCGGAAAAGUUUUACAAGGGCUGAUGGAGGCCAAGUCUCCAUAUUUGGAGGAGCUGUUGUCUCUGUUGAUGACAGUCAGCACCCAAAACGGGAUGGCCGGCCCGGUUGCCAUGGUUAUUUCUUUGCUACUGCAAGAAAGUGAAGAGCGGGCCGUGAAGAAGGACCCCGACGCAAAUUCAAUCUCCGAGUUGACUAAGUCUGGCUUGAGUUCGGGUCUACUAGUGGAUUGGAUGGAGUAUCUGGACCCCGAGGUCACAUCCGUGUGUCCCGACCUUCAGCAGAAACUUUUGUUUGCCCUCAAUAAGGCGCGAGGUACUCCGGCCUAUAGGCCUUACCUUCUGGCCCUGCUCACGCAUCAGUCCAACUGGUCCACGUUGCUGCAGUGUAUCAGCACGCUGCUCAGCAAGCCCAAAGACUACAAACUGGACCCAACAUCAGCUCUGGAUUUCCUGUGGGCGUGCAGUCACAUCCCGCGCAUCUGGCAAGGACGUGACCAGAAGAUCCCUCAAAAGAAAACGGAGAAAUUUGUGAUGCAGCUCAGCUCCGAGGAGCUCAUUAGCCUCGUGGAUCUGAUCCUGGCCGAGUCGGAGCUCACCUGUCGUGGCGAGGGGAGCCCGCCGGAGGAGGAGGUGUCCUGCUCUCUCAUCCAGGCCCGGCUGCCUCUCCUCCAUUCCUACUGCAACGGCCACCUGGACAACAUCAAGAAGGUGUCCGAGUACCUAAUCGGCUGCACCAAGAAGUGGGAGGACAGUGCCAUGAGUAAGCGUUGCCAGAACUUGCUUGUGCAAAUCUACCUCCACUUCCCCGAGGUCAUCCAGCACGUUGCCUUGCCUGAGGGCACGCUCAGCAGCGGGGGGACGGCGGAUGGCAGCAGCUGUAAGCUUGACAUGCUGGUCCACCGUCUGGUCACGCUCCUCGCCGAUGUAGCUGAAUCCAAAUCGGCUGAGGGACGCAUUUCUGACGCCAACCUCGCCUGUAGGAAACUGGCCGUGUCGCAUCCCGUCCUCUUGCUGAGGCACCUGCCCAUGAUCGCCGGCCUCCUUCACGGCCGCAUUCACCUCAACUUUAGCGAGUUCCGGCAACAGAACCACAUGAUGUUCUUCAGCAAUGUGCUCGCCAUCCUGGAACUCCUGCAGCCCCUCGUCUUUCACAGUGACCACCAGAGGGCGCUUCAAGACUGCCUCCUGUCCUUCAUGAAGGUCCUUAAGAACUUUCAAAGGAGUCGUUCCCCCUUGGUCUUCAUCAACAAGUUCCUCCAUUUCACGCAAAAGUACAUUACCCACGAUGCAGCGGCCGCCAUCCCGUACCUGCAGAGGCACUCUGACAUCUUGCAGAGCAUGAGUGCAGAAAAUCCAGACUUGGUCCAGCUCAAGUCUCUGCUGGCCGGGCUCACUCUCCCUGUAAAAAGCUCCUCCACGGAGGUCUCCACAGAAGAUGGAGAUGAUGAGAUGGCGGCCGGUUCUCUCCCUCUGGUCAAUAUCUCUGCAUCGGUUCCACUGAGCAGCGCCGACAUGACGACGUAUCUGAGGAAGAUUUCGAGAGGCGAGGCCAUGGAGGAUGUGCUGGAAGUGUUGACGGAGGUGGAUGAGAAGUCGAGGAGGAGCCCGGAGAUCAUCCAGUACUUCACCAAUGACCUGCAGAGACUCAUGAUGUCCUCGGAGGAGUUAUGUCGGAACAUUGCCUUCAGCCUGGCGCUUCGCUGCAUUCAGAAUAAUCCACGCCUGGCUAAUGACUUCCUGCCGACGUUCAUGUACUGCAUGGGCAGCAGCGACUUCGACGUGGUGCAGACUGCUUUGAGGAAUCUUCCGGAAUACGUGCUGCUCUGCCAAGAACAUGCAGACAUCUUGCUUCACAAGGCGUUCUUAGUGGGCGUCUACGGACAAAUCGACACCAGUUCAAUGAUAUCAGAGUCCAUGAAGGUCCUUCACAUGGAAGCAAUUUAACUUCAUUCAGUUGCAUUUUCAUGGGAAAUUGUCUAUCAGCUUUUUAUUGGGGAGUUCAUAGUUCAAAUGCAUUUAUUUCAUUCAGGCUGCUUUCUUAGGGGAAACAUAAAUUUUAGUUUGUACAUGUGCGUCUCAAAUUUGAACGUUGUCACUGUUUUUUUUUUUUUUGUUUGUUUUUUUAAGUCAGCGGAUUCAAAAAUAUGUACUAUAUCGAUCCAUUAAAAGGGAAGUCUGCAGUUUUAAUACCACUAGCUAGAUUUUAACAUAGCCCCACUACACUAAUCCUUCCCCGUCAUUCGAGUCCUUUACCAAAGCUCCGCCCCUCACUGAGCAUGAGCACAAACAUCGCCGUUCAUAAUAGCCUGCGUUUUAUGAAAGUUUCCAGUUGUGAUGGAUACUAACAGAACGCUGUCCAGCUUCAUCAAGGUAUAAGCGCGAGUAUUAAAAAGCUAUCAUAAACUAGCUGAUGUUAGCUAAGGCUGGCACGUUGACAGCAUAACAUUUGUGAUUGUGUUACAGUGCCACUGAAUGUUAUCUGUCGUGUCACUAUCCAAGCCGCUUAUCCUCACAAGGGUUGCGGGAAAGCUUUAGCCUAUCCCAGCAAGCUUCGGGCAAAAGGCGGCCUACACCCUGAACAAAUGUUACCUGUUUAAAGUUUUAUUUUUGGACUCUGCAAUUAAUUCUAAAUCAAAAAGAGGCAAAAAACUUGCCUGUCUAGCAGAAAUGUUACUAAUUCCGCAUCACUUCCGAAUCCUUGACUCCAUAAGGUAUGUUUUUUUUUUGUUUUUUUUUUUUUUGUUUUUUUUCCCUUUUGAUGCCUGUGACCCAUUCUUAGCAAAUGAAGGAUUUGCAAAGUACCUGAAGCCCAAAGAAACAGGUCACUUUUCAGUACCCCAAUUCCACAUUUAAAAGCAUUUAAAUUGUUUCUUGUUAUAUUCUAAUUUCAUUCAUGCUUUCUCUUUUUUUUUUUUUUUUGGUUUGUUUUUGUAAGAUAUAGGAAUCCAAAUUAUUAAAAGAAAUAACUGGGUGUACUGAUUAUAUAGAUGUAUGAGUUUCACUUUUUGAAUUCACGCUCUGGAAAAAAAAAUUUGGUGUUUCGCAACUAAUUUAUUGGGAUUCACUUGUAAAUAAAAUCAGGUCCAGUAUGAAUGUUUGAAACUAAAAUGCCUACAUUGCUUGACUUUUAAAUGAGGGACCACAAAGCCUCUGUAUGAUAGACGCGAGUCUUUUCCUGACACCCAGAAACAUUAAUGGAGUACCCCUGUUGAAUAAUAAAAUGAAAAAAUAUACAUAAUUCGUCUUUAAUUUCAUUUGAGUAGCGGAACAAAUUCCUCCAGCUGCUCAUUUUACCCCAAAAUGAUGAGCUAAAAUUGUAAAUAAAACAUGGCACCAAAGCCAAUUAUUAACUUUCAUGUAAAAUUCCAAAGAUUGAGGGGCGCGUGGUGGUGGUGGGGAGCGAGAUAAGCAGCGGCCCCCUUUCAUUUGGUCGCAGACAAAAGCUGGAAGCGGCUGUCACGCUGCCUGGCGGCUCGCUCCUCGCCGGCGCGCGGCAGGCAGAUUAAAGGUGCCGAUGAGCAUGCCGCGAUGGGAACCAUUUUGCCAUGAAAAGUGCAUCUUGUUUAGCCCCGCUGCCACCGAGUUGACGUGAAAGCCCCGUCGCGGAGUCACAAGAGCCAAGUCAAACAGCGAAGGCAUGCUGGCUCAAGGAGGAAAGUGGACUUCCCCAUUGGGGCCAAAUUAACCGUGGCGGUAAUUGUUCAAUCAUUUCGAGCCAGAGGUCCACUUUGAUGACGCCAUGCGGACACUUUGCCGCUGGUGUUGCCUUACGUGGAACUUGAGGAUCCUCAGUAAGGCUCAGGCGUGCCUUCACUUGUCGUUCAGUGGAAGCUGUCGCUCACUAAUCAAAAGUCCAAUAACAUACUUGAACUGGAUGAAUGAGAGCAGCUUUUAGCUCUACUCUACCUCUUUGUUUUACACUGUAAUGCAGGAACACCAUUUGGGGGUCAUUUGCUUGAGUGUAUUUUUUCCCCCCAGCUCGCAGCUCGCCAGCUAUUACUUUAAUGUGUAAUUUAUACCAUUCAGUGUCUCUCAACCGAAACGAAGUGAUACUGUGGUGCCUGUAACACAGUGCUUCUCAAACAAUUUACUCCCAAGUGUUUUUGCAAAAAAAAAAAAAUCUUUGCUUUCCAGCAAUAAAAUGACAUCGUAGGCCGGAGUGAUCAAAAAACAUCAGAAAUCGGACAGGUUUUCAUCCUAAAAAGUGCCGUCAUUAAUGUUGUAAGUCAUACAAACCCUGCAAUUAAAUAUCACAAGCAAAGCAAAAAGGUAGUUAGAUUUUUUUUAUUGUAAAUUGAAAAUAAAAGUAAAUGUCAUAACAAACUUCUUAAUUAAAAAUUAUAUAAACUGAACUGUAUUUAGGCAGUGAUUUCUUUUUUUGGGGGGGUUUGGGGGGCUCACCACUAGUAGAUAUUAUGGAAAGCUCUUUUGCACAUGAUAAUACCGUAAGACAGGGGUGCUCAAUGCCGUCGAUCGCGAGGCAGUCUUGGUCGGUUGCGGGACGGCGUGCCAAAAAAAAAAAAAAAAAAAGACGUCAGCCAAUGUUCCCUCUAAACUGCGUGCGUCUGGUCUGAAGCCAAAGUAGUGCAGGAUGAGAUGGUGUGUCAUUUUAAAAUUCCACCUUGGCACAGCCUAAUCCAAGAUGAAAGCACUGACAAUGCAGUGCACAAAAAGCUAAUUCUGUUUCUCUUAAAUAUGGGAGGCAACAUAACAUUAACCUUUAAACGAUUUGGGAGCAUCGUCAUCAUCCCAACCCCCGUCGGUAGCUCGCGAGAGGCUGGCUGCUUGAAAAGUAGAUCUUGGGGUAAAAAGGUCUGGGCACCGU